AUACUGUUCGCGAUUUUGUUGUACGAGGUGUUUUUGUUCUGUUUGCUUGCAUAAAACUGCGGGUUCCAAGUGAAAUAUCCAUUGUUGCGGCCCUAAAAUGCCAGAAAAUUAGUGAGCAGUGGUCCCCCAUUCCCAAACAAGAGCAAGCGAGUGCGAGAAAUACAACGCGAACGGCGGAAAUAAACCAAUGACGUCGCGAAUCUCAGGCGACAAAGAGCAGUAGGAGGAAAGUGUGGAAGUGGAAGUGGAAGUGGAGGCCGUAGUACACCCGUAUUGUGUCACAAAUCCAGUAUUAGCCCUUUUAGCAGCCCAGAUUGAACACACAAGUCAAACGAACAUCCCCAUCCCCCACUGACCGAAACAUGUGCUAGACCUGCUCGAAAUGGGAUCGCGAAUCAAAAAUGACGUGAAGAAGCUCUUCGAAUUCUGGUGCGAGGUAUCGCCGACGCCGGGAUUGGAGAGGGGCACGAGUUCCAGGAGCGGUGGUCCCGCCGCACCCGCCGGCGUCAUUGUGGAGAGCUUCCCCGAGGGUUUCCGUGACCAGGAGGUGCUCACCGGCAUCCCAUCGUUCGCCUUUCCCUGCGAUUUAUCCAGCACCUCGGUGCAGACGUAUUCCUUUGUGCACACCACCGGCGACUCGAAAUGGCGCUUUGGCUUCUGUCGGCAGGAUCCCAAGACGAACACGGCCAUGGUGCUGAUCACCUACCUGCCGUGGCACGACACCUUCCUGAAGCUACUACCCAUUCUGGCCGAGCUGAAGCGGACUGAUUCAAAUGGCUUCCGCGCCUUCCUGUCCGAGGCCUACAACCAGGGCAUCCCGGAUUCCGGCGGUAACCUUAAAGUCUAUUACAACGUUGGGCAGAGUCACUUUGUUUUUGAGCGCCCACUGCAGUUCCAGUUGCCCAGCAUGCCAGAAAAUCACAACUUGAAUUUAUACUACAACUUUGUGGAGCCCAAGGAGAUGAUUGCCGUGUUUGCUGCCAUGCUGGCCGAGCGUCGAAUUAUCUUCACCUCGCGGCACCUGGACCGGCUGUCCUCGUGCAUCCAGGCGGCGAACGCAUUCCUAUAUCCCAUGGUAUGGCAGCACAUAUUCAUACCGGUGCUGCCGUGGGAGUUCAAAGACUACCUGGGUGCACCCAUGCCAUAUCUGAUUGGUGUGCCAGAACCAGUGCUUGAAACUGUGACCAGCGAUGAGCUGGGCGAAGUUGUGAUCCUGAACUGUGAUACGAAAAUAUUCGAAAGUCCAUUCGACGAUGUGCACAAUCUGCCGACGGAGAUUGUCUCACAGCUAAAGAAGCAUCUGAAUCACACGCAUGACCACAUCGGCGACCGGAUCUCGAAGAUCUUCCUGAACGCACUGGUGCAGCUGAUCGGUGGCUAUCGGGACGCGGUGGAGUACCACGAGACCAGCAAGACUUUCAGUCCCCAAAAAUUCAUCGAAUCUCGACCGGCGCAUCUGCGUCCGUUUCUUGCCAAAAUGAUGGAUCUGCAGAUCUUUGCGCAGUUCAUCGACGAUCGCCUAAACAUGCUCAACAGCGGACUUGGAUUCUCCGACGAGUUCGAACUGGAGACGGUGCGCUAUGCGGAGAAAAAGAAACGAGGCCGCAACUAUGCCAUCAUGAAGAACCUGAAGGACAAGACUAAUCCGGCCGUAAAGUCUGCCGUCAAAUCGGUGAAGGAGGGCUCGCGUGGCAUGAAAACCGCCUACAAGGGCUUCAAGACAAAGCUGCGCGAGAACGGCAACCAGUUCGGCGGCAGUCACUUCCACUUUGGCCUGGGAUCGCCGAACCACUCGGAUCGUCCGGACGGCGCCAGUGCAGGAUACGCGCGCGGUGGCAAGGCCAUUGGAGCGGCCCACCACUCGGCUCCCAGCUCGCCGGUGACCAGCAAGCGGCUCGAUGGGAUUGCCUCCGUCACGGGAAGCAGCGGCAUCGGUGGCAUCGGGGGAUCCGGCGGCGCCCGGGAGACGCGCGAGUUCCAGCGGCGCGGCCCCAUACCGCUGGCCAUGUCUAGCUCGAGCAGCCACAUUCAGCCGAACGGCCAUGCGUACGGCACGGCUGCUGGUCCUCAUUACGGUCAUCACCUCGCUGCGUCUCCUGCUGUUAGCUCGGCGAGCUCGCUGUGCUCAUCUUCGGAGAUGAACCUGUCGCAGGAGCUGCAGAACCAUCCGCUCUUCAAGACGCCGGCCGUGGACCGCAGUCUUAAGCCGAACGCAGAGCAAAGGCGAGGAGGAGCACCGCCAGCCCGCCCGCCACCUCCGCAGUCCACGCCCGCCUCCUACUACAACCAUCCGUAUGCCGCGCAUCCGCACGUGGAGACGAAGCCGCCGCGGCACACCUCCACGCCCACCCGACCGCGCCAGCCGCUGCCGCCCACGGCCGACUGCAGCAGCUUUGACAGUCCGCCGGAUGUGCAAUCGCCGCCGAUUCCGCCCCGCAGGCAGGGCAGCUCGAACGCCCUGGUGGCGGCCACCGCCGCCGCCGUCAGCGCGGAGAUCAGUAAGCUGGAGCGCAACUGCUGGCGGGAGGAGACCACCGGAAACGAGUCGUCGGAGCGCAACUCGAACGCAUCCUCGUCGUCGGCCACCUCAUCCUGCUCCUCGGGCGCCUCCUUUGUGACGGCGGCGUCGACGUUCUCGCACCUAAACGUCUCCGAUCCGCCCAUUCCGACGCCGCGGGCCAAGAGAGAGCAUCAGCAGCAGCCGCUGGAGGACAGCAUGAACGACCUGAUAUCGCUGGACGAUAGCAACAACACCAGCUUCGACCUGGAGGACUUCGACCCGCUAAACCAGAACGCCCGCCCGCUGCCGCCGCUGAGCAAGGCGUUCGGCAAGAAGUCCAGCACACUGCCCGCCGGCGUCAACAGCAGUGUGGUGGCGGCCAGCAGCGUCAGCAAUCCGCUCUACCCGUACUUUGCGCCCAAGCACAUGGCCACCGUGGCGGCGGUGACGGGACGGGCGCCGCCGAUGCACCCACCGCCGCUCCAUCAGCGCAGCACUAUUGCCGCCAAGCCGGACGACGACUUCGAGCUGCUCCGCAAGUACGGUCUGGACCAGUUCACCCUGAAUGCCAACGGAACGGAGAAGGCGCAGCAGCAGCAGCAGCACCAGCAGCUCACCACCGGAAAGGGCAUGAACAACUGGACAACGUUCGAUUAGAGGGACUGAACGGAACUGAACUGGACACAACCCGCUUCAAAUAUGAUACCAAAAUAAGUGUGAUUAAUCAAUUGUGUUGUAAAUAGAUAGGUGAGUUAGAGUUAGGCAGAUUAUCAAGGAAAGAAGACCGAUGACAGUAAAGUAACCCUUAAAUAUCCAAAAUUGUAUGUCUACCGUAGUCAGUUAGUUCUUCUUCAGCGGCCCGAUUUUCAGCAAUAGAUCAAAAUAAAAACGCUUGUUUGUGUAAAUAACUGUUUAGUGGCAAGUUUUAGCAAUUUGCAUGAAUCGGAACUCUCGCUAACUAUAUUUACGUAUUGUACACUGGACUUCCAAAUCAAAAGACACGAGAAUAUAGUGCAGCAUGUUUACAAGCCAAUUAGCCUAACAAAUUACCAAUUACCAAUAAAAUACAAAAAAUAAA